AUGGCAGAUUAUGGAACCAGAGCCCAUGCUUACAUAUGUUUAUUCAUUUGUUUCUUUUUACUAUUGUUGUUAAGUCAAUUAUCUAAAGAGGGCAAUGAUACAUCUCCCCCCAAAAAGUUACUUUCUAAAAUUAUUUCGAACUACUCGCCAGUUUUCUUAGGUGCAGAUUUAUCAAGAAUAACUAAUGAUGAAGCAUUAGCUCUUAAAAAAUUAGUUCAACUUGGUAAAUUAAUUGAUAGACUUUAUCUUCGCCAAAAAUGGAAAGGCAAUUUAGAUACGUUGGAAUAUCUUAGAAGUGAAAGUCCACGUACGGAUAAUGAACUACUAUUUUUUAAUAUGAUGAAAGGUCCGUGGGAUCGAGUUCAUGGUUUAGUUUUAGACGAUCCACCAAAUCUACCAGUUCAUAAACCAUUAGGGGGCAAUUUUUAUCCAGAAGAUAUGACUAAAGAAGAAUUUGAAUAUUGGUGUGAGAACAAGUUGGAUUCUGAACAAAGGGAAUUAGCAAAAGGAUUUUAUCAUGUGAUUAAAAGAAACGAAUCAACGAAAGAAUUAUAUUUAAAGCCUUAUUCUGAGGAAUAUAAAGAUAUAUUGGUUGAUGCUUCUACUUUGUUAAAAGAUUCUGCUAUGUUAUUGAAUGACAAGUCUUUGGUUAGGUUUUUGUUAACAAGGGCCGAUGCAUUUUUAUCCAACAACUAUUUGGAGAGUGAAAUUAAUUGGUUGAAUGUUAGCAAAGAGAGUAAAUUUGAAAUAACGAUUGGGCCAUAA